AUGCGUCGCGUGGCUGCUGCUUGCGUGAAUUCGGAGUCGCUUGUUGCCUGUGGGAAGAUAGAGAAAGCAUUGGAGAUCAGACAGGAACUUGCAAACUUUCUCGCAUCCCAUAAAGCCCCAACGAGCGCUGCUCUCAUACGGCAAACCUCUUUAACGCUAGCCAGGCACACAGCGGCUUCGCCCAUUGUUUCUGCGUUACUGAGAGACAUUGGUGAGGUGGGAGAUCAAAACGGACUUUGGGAAACUCAAAAUUGUGACGGCUGUAGAGACAGCGAGAGUGCAGCUGGGCGGUGGGAAGCAGCGGAACUCUUCUUCAGUGAAAGCCUGCAGGCUGCCCGUCGUUGCAACGACGAAAACGAAUCCAAAGAGUCGGCAAAGCGUCUGGCUGAGAUCAAGCACAACCAGGCGAAAACUUUAGCGAAGUUAUCCCAAUCGGUUUCUGUAUUCUUUUAUUCCCGUGAACAACAGGAAGGGCACCUAUCUGACGCCUUGGCAAAGCAGAGAGCCUUUCUAGAGUUUGCAAUGCUUAGUGGAGAUGAAUCAAUGCAGUGGAAAGCGCGCCACGCACUUGGGCUGACCCUUAUGAAACACGCUUAUUGUGUUGGCAGAGAGGCAAAUAGUAGGGAGAGAGAAUGCAUGGCGCGCGCUGCUCUUGCUUCUGCUUAUCGUUCCUUAAACCGCAAUCAGGAAGCUGUAAAGGAACUCGAAAUUGUACUGGACGUCGCAACACAAGCGGCAAGCACCUCGUUAUUGCAGAUAGCAAAGAUUGCAGCUUGUUUACCGACGUAUACGUAUACAUGGUCUCUACACCGUUACUGCGUGAUAUUUCCUUUUAAAUACCAAAGACUGAGUGCUUCUGCUUGA